AGAGUACGUUAUCACAUUUCGUUGCUGUCAUCCCUCCAAAACGGUAACCCUUGCCGUCGCCGGGCGUUCUCGCUCUCGGCCUCCAGCCGGCGCGCCGCGUCUCCCAGCGCUCCUCCCUCCACAUUCCUCGGCCACCGCACGAACCUCAAAACUAUGGCCUCGUGCCCUCUGUUCCUCCUUGUCCCGCGGCCCCCUCCUUCCCUUGUCGGCGCCGACCGCUGCCCAGGCUCCGCGGGCUGCUCAGAUCUCCCAACUAGCUGCCGUCCUCAUCCUGGACGCCGGCAUGGUUACCCAUUUCGUUGCAACUCGUCUUCUUCCUCGUCCGCGCCUCGCGAGCGCCCGCCCAGGCAGCGCCCCGGUGGCCGUGGCGACGCCAUCGACCCCGUAGGCUUCCUCACCAAGCUCGGCGUCUCGGACCGCGCCUUCGCCCAGUUCCUCCGCGACCGGCACAAGGCCUUGAAGGACCGUAGAUGGGAGCUGUGUUCUCGGUUUAUUGAUCUGAAAGAGGCAUCUUCUGGGUUUGAGUUAUUGGGCAUGCACCGACAUCGACAACACCGCAUCGAUUUCAUGGAAUGGGCUCCAGGUGCUCGGUAUUGUUCUUUGAUUGGUGAUUUUAAUCAGUGGUCGCCAACUGAAAACUGUGCCAGGGAAGGUCAUUUAGGACAUGAUGAUUUUGGAUAUUGGUUUAUCAUACUUGAAGAUAAGCUCAGAGAAGGGCAAGAACAAGAUGAAUAUUUCUUCCAGGAAUACAAUUAUGUGGAUGACUAUGAUAAAGGUGACAAUGGCAUUGAUGCUGAUGAAAUAAUGCGUAGGAUGAAAGAAGAGUAUUGGGAACCUGGAGAAAUCAGGUCCCGUCAGUCUCAGUUAGAGAUGGUUGUUAAGCUAUAUGAGCAAAUGUUUGGCCCAAACGGUCCACAAACAGAGGAGGAGCUAGGUGAAAUUCCUGAUGCCCAAACAAGAUACAAUGAGUUCAAAGCAUCGCAGAAGGCUGACUCUUCCAGCCAGCCUUCCUAUGAUAUCAUUGACAAUGGGCAGGAGUUCGACAUUUUCAGUGUUGUAACUGAUCGUGCAUCAUUUGAAAAGUUUCAAGCAAAAAAACCUCCCCUUGCUUACUGGGUUGAAAUGAGGAAAGGUCGAAUAGCAUGGCUUGAGAAAUAUGUUCCAACAAUUUCUCAUAAAGACAAGUACAGGGUUUAUUUUAAUACUCCUGAUGGUGCUUUAGAACGUAUUCCUGCUUGGGCUGCAUAUGUUCUUCCAGAUGCUGAGGGGAAGCAAUCCUAUGCAGUACAUUGGGAACCACCUCCUGAAGAAAUUUACAAAUGGAGAUUUGGACGUCCAAAGGUGAAGGGUUCACUUAGAAUAUAUGAAUGUCAUGUUGGAAUAAGUGGUUCAGAGCAAAAGGUUUCAUCAUUUCAGGAGUUCACAUCCAAAGUCCUACCGCAUAUAAAAAAAGCUGGAUAUAAUGCUGUUCAGCUGAUUGGUGUUGUGGAGCACAAGGAUUACUCCUCCAUUGGCUAUAAGGUCACUAAUUAUUUUGCAGUCAGCAGCAGAUUUGGCACCCCAGAUGACUUCAAGAAAUUAGUCGAUGAAGCGCAUGGCCUUGGAUUAGUAGUGCUUCUGGAUAUUAUCCACUCCUAUGCAUCCGCAGAUGAACUGGUUGGCUUAUCACUUUUUGAUGGCUCUAAUGACUGUUACUUCCACAGUGGAAAAAGAGGGCAUCACAAGUACUGGGGCACCAGGAUGUUUAAAUAUGAUGAUGUGGAUGUUCUGCACUUCUUGUUGUCCAAUUUGAAUUGGUGGGUCACUGAGUACCGGAUUGAUGGAUUCCAGUUCCAUUCCUUGUCUUCUAUGUUAUAUACUCAUAAUGGGUUUUCUACUUUUACUGGUGCCAUGGAAGAGUAUUGCAAUCAGUAUGUUGACAAGGAUGCACUGAUAUAUCUAAUUCUAGCAAAUGAAAUGUUACAUCGUCUUCAUCCAGAUAUUGUAACAAUUGCUGAAGAUGCAACAUUUUAUCCUGGAUUAUGUGAGCCAAUUACUCAAGGCGGAUUGGGAUUCAACUACUGGGUCAAUCUUUCUAUACCAGAAAUGUGGUUGUGGCAUCUUGAAAAUGUCCCUGAACAAGAAUGGAGCAUGAAUAAGAUUAUUAAAGUAUUAGUAAGCAGUAACCAGAAUAUGCUAUCAUAUGUUGAAAAUCAUAACCAGUCCAUAUCUGGACGCAAGUCUUUUGCUGAGAUAAUUCUUAAUUCAAGAGAGUGCUCUGUUGGUUCUGUUGACGACAAUUUGAUUAGAGCUUCUUCUUUGUUGAAAUUGAUGAAACUAAUUACUUUCACGACAAGCGGAGGCGCUUAUCUCAACUUCAUGGGCAAUGAAUUUGCACAUCCAGAAAAAGUUGAAUUUCCUAUGCCAAGCAAUGACUAUUCCUUCGAGUUAGCUAAUCGGCAAUGGGAACUAUUGGACAAAGUUUUUCAUAAACAUAUAUUUAACUUUGACAAGGAUGUUAUGAGCUUGGAUGAAAAUGAAAGGAUAAUUUCUAGAGGUCCACCCAACAUUCUUCACUGUGAUGACACAAGCAUGGUCAUAUCUUUCACAAGAGGGCCUUUAUUUUUCAUAUUUAAUUUUAAUCCUCAAGUCUCCCAUCAGUCGUAUCGUGUUGGUGUGGAUGAAGCUGGGGAAUACCAACUCAUCUUCAACACAGAUGAAACUAAAUAUGGUGGAUGUGAAACCCUCAAGAGUAGUCAGUAUAUGCGGAGGACCUCUGAUAAAAGAGCUGAUGGUUGUCGCAACUCCUUGGAAUUGGCAUUGCCAUCUAGAAGUGCUCAGAUUUACAAGUUAGUUAGAAUUUUGAGAAUUUAGCAUGUCAGCAAUAUAGGUAUUGUAAUGGAAUCAUGCAACUGCGUAGAAGAUGGGGCUUUGUGGUCCUUGUGGUUUUUGUUGAUAAGAUGAAAAAACAAAGGGAUCGAUAGCUUCGGG